GUUGGUUACAAACAAACAGCGCACCGCCUCAUACCGCCAUAUCGCGCGGGAGAAGCUGUUGCCUGGUUGCGCCCGGUGGUAUUUGACCGUCUCGAAAGGGGUCUCAAUUCGUUCCGUUGGAUCAGCAAGCAAAACGGUGGAAAAGAUUGGUCUGAACGGCCACCACCGCCAACAUGACGUUGUUCUUCGACACCAAGGUGCAGUUUCUGGACAGCGAAGCAAUCAGCACGGUCAGCUCAUGGCAUCCGGUGGAGCCGAUCUUUGCAGUGGCCUCGUACAGUAACGAGCGCGGUGGCUCGGUUACCAUCUUUGACGAUACGGGUAUUCCUCUCCGCGACGUGACGUUCCCAGUUCAUGCCACCUCACAGGCAACCGUGCUGACCUGGCACCCGGAGCGCAAGAUUCUGCUGACCGGCUGGGAGAACGGCGAGGUACACGCCUGGUUCGAUGGUAAGCGGGAUUUUGCGACCGUUAAUGGGCCGCACAAGUCGCCGAUCAUGCUGCUGGAGUUUAGCGAGAAAGGGGGUCGCGUCAUCACGGCCGAUGCGAUGGGCGUACUGACCGGGUGGCGCUUCGACGGGCAGUCGCAGUUCCUAACGAUGUUCAACCACGAUCUACGUGAUCCGCUGCUGCACAUCACGUUCCGUCGCUCGUUCCAGAGUGCGAGCAGCAAAGAGCUUACGAGUUUGGCCAGGGCUGCCGUGGCUGGCGAUGAAGCAGCGCUGGAUCAACUGACCAGUUGGCGACCCCGAACGGCGGUACGCAAUUUGGCGCACGCUAGCCUUCAGGACAACUACUGCUUCUACGCCUGCACCCAGACCGGUGUGCUGUACUAUAUCAAUCAGACAGGCACGUGCACGGAGAUUGUACGGGGCGAUAGCGUCCCCAUCAUGCAGAUCCUGUGGCACCCGAAGCAGGACUCUAUUGUGAUUCUCAUGGAGGACAUAACGAUCGGGCAUUACGAGGUGGACGGGAAUGGCCAGAUCACGGAGCUCGACCGGGUUAAGCUGUCUGGUAAGGUGGCGGGAUCGAAGAGCGCCAUCACGUGGGUGACGGGUUGUGCGUUGGCCAUCCUCACCGGCGACCUAUCGGUGCGCAUUUGGGAUAUCGAAACGAGCGACAACUACGUGCUCUCGAUGGAGCUGUCAGUUGUGGCAGGGCAGGCCGUGGCUGACAAACAACCAGCACUGGCAGGCCUUGCCGGUGGUAGCGCUGUCAUUGCCACUAACGCAGUCAGCCAGGAGGCGUUUACGUGCGUGUCGUACUGCCGGGAUACGCAAACGCUGAGCGCCGGUACUAGCCAGGGCAAUCUGUAUACGUGGCGUCGAUCGCUAGGCGGGUACGGGCGCUCCUAUGCCGAACAUCCGGAGUGCCAGUGGCAGCUGGCAAACGUGACAACCGUGCGGGGUACGAUCAAAAGUCUAACCUGGGGCACCACGGAUACGAACCGGCCGUGCAUGAUGGUGAACUGUCUGUCGGAUGUGUUUAUACUGAAGGAGCAGGCGCUGCUGUCGGCCCACACCCGCACACUGUGGGCUACGCAACGGAAAUCGAAUGAGCUGCUGCUGCGCCAUUGCGCCGGCCGGGAGGCGACGCUACGGCUUGAAAGCUCCAUCACGCACCUAGCCUUGAACGAGCUGCAUCUGGUCGUUACCAACGGACGCUCGGUUGGCGUGUAUCGCGUACAGCAACCAUCGACUACAAGCGGUGCCGGUGGGCCAGCUACCACCGUCAAGUUUACAUCCGCCGUGCAGCGGUCUACUGCUGGUCGGGUGACUGCAGGCAGCGAAGGAGCAAUGGGACCGGCAGCGUUGCUCGGGACCGACAGCGAGAACGAUCCAGGUGCGCUACUGAUCUCGUUCGUCGGUAGCUUCGCGGUCGAGUGUGUUGCCGUGUACCUUUACGAGCAGAAUAUCGUGGCGCUCGGUACUGAGCAGGUCAAGGUAUAUUCCCUCAGUGGCGUAAUCCUACAGGAGAUCGUGUUCAGCGAGCAUGAAGGCAAACCAAUCGGUGCCGAUCUGAACGGUCCCUUUUUGACUGUGUUCACACUGAACGGCUACCUCAAGCUAUACGAUGUAUCGCGGCACGACGUGAAGCAGCUGCAGCCGGCGCGCUGCGGGUACGAUAUGUUCGAGAAUUUCGGCGAAAUCAUCGCAGCCAAGACGAAUGCGACAGGGACGCACGUGGUGCUUACCAUCGCAAACGAGCAGCUACAUCCGGAAGGUUCCCUCCACCUUUGGUGCCUCGAGAGCAACGUGCUCAAGCCGUACGAGUUUCGAUCUCCGGUUGCCGGUGGUACCGCGGAUGGUACUCCAAACAAAGUACAAUCUCAAAUGCGCCUCGGUAGCAGCAGCAGUAGCAGCAACCGCAGCAGGCGUAGCAGCGGGAAUGGUGACAGGAGUUCGAGGCGCGCGAUAGCGUGCUCCCUACCCGUCGCAUUCUUCUGGGACGCAGACGAUCCCCGGCUGUUGGCUUGCGAGACGAAACCACUGGUGGGUACACGAUCGGCUGGAGCUCAAGCGGCUGCCCAGCUCCACGUCCUGUUUGUGGAUGGCCAACACUCGGAGCUGGCCGAGCUGGAGGUAAGCCCUAGUAACCGGAGCAUUGCUGCUACACCGGUUGCGACGGAUGGCAUCCACCAAGGGGUGGAGCAACAGCUGAUCGGUCUGUGCGUACCGCACCUGGUGGUGCUGCAACGCAACAGUAUCGUUCGGAUUCCGCUGCGUGAUUUCAAGGGACUGGAGGAGUGCGAUUUAGCCACUCGUGACAUGGUGCUGAACUUUAGCCUGAAUGUGGCGCAGGAGAACAUGGAUCAGGCGUUCAGCUGCAUACGCUCACUGCGCUCCGAUACGGUCUGGAUGAACCUGGCCAAACUGUGCGUCCAGACGGGCCGGUUGGAUGUGGCGAAGGUGUGCCUGGGGCAUCUGCGGCGGGCACGGUCGGUGCGGGCGCUGCGCCGUGCCUUGGACGAUGCCUCUCUCGAGCAGGAAGCGCGGGUGGCGGUGCUCGCGAUCGAGCUCGGAAUGGUGAGCGAGGCGGAGGCACUGUACAAACGGUGCGGUCGGUACGAUCUGCUCAACAAACUGUACCAAGCGUCGGGCCGGUACGAGGAGGCACUGGAGGUGGCGGAACAUUUCGAUCGGGUGCACCUGCGCAACACGUACCACCGCUACGCCGAGUGGCUGAAGGAGAACGGCCAGACGCAGAAGGCGAUCGAAUGCUACGAGCGUACCAGCAGUCUCCUGCACACCGUCAGCCAGCUGCUGAUUGACGAUCCGGUCGCGCUGAAACAGUACAUGCAGGCGACGACCGAUCCGGAGCUGCUGCGCUGGUGGGCCCAGUACGUCGAGAGCAGCGGCGACAUGGAGGCUGCGUUCAAGAUCUACCAGCGGUCGGAGGACUGGUUCGCCCAGGUGCGCAUUCUCUGCUUCAUUGGGCAGGUGGCCCGUGCCGACGAGAUAGCGCGGGCAAGCGGUGACCGGGCCGCGUGUUACCAUCUGGCGCGCUACUACGAGAACAGCGGGAAGUUCGCCGAAGCGAUCCACUUCUAUACGCGGGCCCAAACCUACGGUAACGCGGUGCGCAUCUGCAAGGAGAAUGACCUACGGGACGAGCUGUGGACGGUGGCGUGUGGGGCGAGGGCACGCGACAAGGCGUCCGCGGCAGCGUACUUCGAGGAAGCAGGCGAACCCCGCCGGGCGGUCGAGCUGUACCAUCGAGCGGGCAUGCUGCACAAGGCGGUCGAGAUGGCGUUCCGGUCGCAGCAACCGGAGGCCCUGCAGGUGAUAGCGGCCGAGCUGGAUGCCAGCUCGGACCCGGAGCUAGUGGCCCGCUGUGCCAAGUUUUUUCUGGCGAGCGAGCAACCGUACCGAGCGGUACAGUUACUGGCCAACGCACGGCAGCUCGAACGCGCCCUGGAGAUCUGCGCUAGCCACAGCGUCCCGGUGACCGAGACGCUGACCGAGCUACUGACGCCGGGCAAGCAUGAGCUAGUGGGUGCGCCGGCCGUCCGGUCGGCGGUGCUGCUGCGGCUGGGCGAGCUGCUGCAGGAGCAGGGCGACUACCAUUCGGCGACGAAAAAGUUCACCCAGGCCGGUGACAAGGUGCGGGCGAUGAAGAGUUUGCUCAAGUCCGGUGACACGGAGAAGAUCAUCUUCUUCGCCGGUAUGUCGCGGCAGCGCGAGGUCUACGUCAUGGCGGCCAACUACCUGCAAGCGCUGAACUGGCAGACCGACGCCAAGAUCCUGAAACACAUCGUGACGUUCUACACCAAGGGCCAGGCGUACGGGCAGCUCGCCAACUUCUACGCCAACUGUGCCCAGGCGGAAAUCGACGAGUUCCGGGACUACGAGAAGGCACUCAACGCCCUGCAGGAGGCGUCCAAGUGUUUGUCGCGGGCAGCGAGCAGCACGGGGAUGGGCGGAGUCACUGGAGAUGCUGCAUCCGCCCAGCCGCUCGCACUCGAGACGCUCCAGGUAGCGAUGGGUGAGGUGCGGCGCAUGAUCGAACUGCAGGAUGCUACCGAGCGGCGCGAGUACGCCAACGUGAUCCGGCUGCUGAAGGUGCGGCUGGAGGAACAGUCGGAGCAACCACCGGCCGUACCGCCGGUCCGUAUCUGGGAUCUGCUGGCCCUCCUGGUCGAGUGUUUGGUCGCAACGGGUGCCCAUUCCGAGGCGCUACACUAUCUGCGCGAGCUGGCGCAUCGCAAACCCGACUGGUACCGGCAGGAGCUGGUCGAGAAGGCGGUACUCGACCGGCUGGUCACCGAGACGGGCGUCAACCUCGAGCAGUACGUGGUGGUGGCGAAGGUAAAACGACCGACCACGGCCACCAUCUCCAGCAUGAGCGACGACGAGGAGAUACAGGAGGAGUACGAGUAGAUGACGAGUUACACAUACACGCGUACACACACCGACACAGUGAAGUGACAUUACAUUCCGUCCGUUUGGCUUUUGGAUUAAGAGAGCAGCCAAUAGAUUAAGUUACUUAGUAAUAAAUGACCAUCCAUCCAU